GUUUGUUCCAUUCCAAAUUUCUAACCCGAAACGCGUGGCUUAACACGCAAACGUUUCUCGUCUCAUUCUUCACAGUUUCACACACGCUCCUCUCUCUCUUUCUUUUAUUUCAAAAUCCCUUAUAUUGACCCUUUCCCUUUACAUUUCAUUUUUCAUCUUCACACACUUUCUUUCUUUCUCUCUCUCUCUUGCGAAAUCGAAGAAGAACAAAAAAAAACAAACAAGAACACAAUGAAUUCAGAAACGCAACUCGAAACGGCGUCGUACUGGUGCUACAGCUGCACACGCUUCGUUAACCUAACAGAUCACACCAACAUCGUCUGUCCACACUGCGAUAACGGUUUUAUCGAAGAGAUCCAAGCCGGCGACUCACCUCACCACCGUCUCAGUCCAUUUCCCGACGAAACCGUUUCUUCAAGAAGACAAGGCUUCCGCCGCCGCCGUCGUGACGCUGGAAGUCGUUCACCUUUCAACCCUGUCAUCGUUCUCCGUGGAAACGGUGAAGACGGUAACGAUCAAGACGGUGGUAGCGCUUUUGAACUUUUCUACGAUGACGGUGACGGUUCUGGUUUACGUCCGUUACCACCGACUGUUUCGGAGUUUUUACUUGGAUCUGGAUUUGAUCGGUUGUUGGAACAGUUUUCUCAGAUCGAGAUGAACGGUUUUGGUCGGCCGGAGAAUCCACCGGCAUCAAAGGCGGCAAUUGAAUCUAUGCCGACGGUUGAGAUCUCUGAGGCGCAAGUUAGCUGCGAUAUGCACUGUGCUGUUUGCAAAGAAGCUUUUGAGUUAGGCGUGGAAGCGCGUGAGUUACCUUGUAAGCAUAUCUACCAUUCCGAUUGCAUUCUUCCAUGGCUUACUGUGCGAAACUCGUGCCCUGUGUGCCGCCACGAGCUUCCUUCGGAUCUUAGUAACCCUAUUGAAACUAGGGUUUCUGGUCAAAUUGAUGAAGAAGCGAUUGGAUUAACUAUAUGGAGGUUACCAGGUGGUGGAUUCGCUGUUGGAAGAUUCUCCGGCGGAAGAAGUGCCGGGGAGAGUCAUUUUCCAGUUGUGUACACUGAGAUGGAUGGUGGACUGAAUGCAAAUGGAGCUCCGAGAAGAAUUUCUCGAACGGUUAGAAGCCAUAGGGUUACUGAAAGCCGCGGAAUUGGAAGAGUUUUUCGUAAUUUUUUUUCAUUCUUUGGGAGGAAUGGUUCUUCUAGGUCAAAUUCUGGUUCUGAGAAUGUGUCUGUGAGUAGAAGCCGUAGAAUAGUGAGUUCAAUUUUUAAUAGAAACUGGCGAGGAAGUAGAAGAACUAUGGAGUUGGAAGAUUGAUUGAAUUAUGUAAUAGCAUUGACAUAGCAAUUUUGCUAAAAAAAAAAUACAAUUUUUUUGUUAUUCAUUUUCAGUUAAGAGAUUCUCAGAUUCAUAAUGUAAAUAGCUUGUAAUUAGCAAACUAUAGAAGCAGGUUUGUUUAGUUUUCACUUCUCGGUGGAGACUCUUUUGGUUUCAUUCAAAUUCAAAAUCAAUAGAAGCUAUGCUUUUUGUUUGUUGGUCA